AUGUCCAGAAUCACUGCGAAAACCACGUUCGAGGCGUCGCGAACGCUGCGCCCUAUAUACACAGGAGGAAGCACAUCGUUAGACGCCAGCGGUCGCAUCCUUGCAACAUGCGUCGGAGAGGAUGCGUUGAUUGUGGAUCUCACUACAGGCGACCAGUUGGCCAGUUUGGAGGGUGAUGGAGAACUCAUCACAAGUCUAGCAAUCACACCAUCAGCGUCUCACGUUGUCGUCAGUUCAAGAUCCAUGUCCAUGCGCUUUUAUUCACUGUCGUCAUUCGAUAUCGACAACAAAGGCCCCAUAGAAACCACUUUACUUCGAACAGUCAAAGCCCACACGUCUCCUGUGGUCACAACGUCUAUUGAUCCUACUGGCACUCUUUUAGCGACUGGAGGUUCCGACGGAUCUAUCAAAGUAUGGGAUAUCCGGGGUGGAUUCAUUACACAUACAUUCCACGGACACGGAGGAGUGAUAACUGCACUCAAUUUCUUUGAAGCUAUAACAGAGGUGGACGAACGCAAGGGAUCCAAGCGCGCCGGCAAGCAACAAGAUGAUGAGGAAGAGACAGAAAAGUCAAGGACGAUUCGGCUAGCAUCUGGUGACGAAGAGGGCAAAGUACGAGUCUGGGACUUGCACAAGAAGAAGCCAAUUGCUUCGUUGGAAUCACAUGUCUCCGUGGUGCGUAGCUUGUCAUAUUCUUCAGUCGAAAAUGCUCUGCUGUCAGCUUCUCGCGACAAGACAGUGAUAAUCUGGGAUGCGCGAACAUGGAAAAGUCGUCGAAUUAUUCCCGUCUUAGAAAGUAUUGAGUCCGCUGGCUUCAUCUCUGAAACUGGUCUUUGCUUCACUGGUGGUGAGAGGGGCGUGUUGCGCAUUUGGGAUACGAAUAGGGGAGGAGAAAUACUUCAGCAGCAAGAAGAAGGAUCCGAAACUGACGCCAUCAUUACAACCCAAUAUGCUCCAGGAUUGCCGUUUGUUGUUACUGUUCAUGCCGACCAAACGAUUCGACUUCACUCUAUCGAGUCUUUAGCCGAUUACAAACCAGGCUCGUCAUUGGAGCCUUUGCCAGUUAUCAGGAGGGUUUCUGGAAAUGAUGACGAAGUCAUUGACUUGGCUUAUGUUGGCCCAGAGAGGUCACUCUUGGCCAUGGCGACAAAUACAGAAAGCGUUCGUGUUGUGUCUAUUACAACUCCUGACCAGAACACGCAACAAACCGCAACUGGUGAUAGCUACUUCGGAGCAGAUGUCACUUAUCUGGAGGGACACGAUGAUAUUGUCAUCUGCCUAGAUGUCGACUGGUCUGGCUACUGGCUAGCUACCGGUGCCAAAGAUAAUACUGCCCGUCUUUGGCGUCUUGAUCCUGCAACAUCAUCAUAUACAUGUGCGGCAGUUCUAACAGGUCACGCCGAAUCACUAGGAGCGAUUGCGCUCCCAAGGACCCCACCUCCGGCUGGUUCAAAGGCUCACAAUAACCCCUUGAAUCAUCCUCCAGCAUUCCUCUUCACAGGUUCUCAAGAUCGAACGAUCAAGAAAUGGGACACUAGUAAAUUAGGUAUUUCACAAUCAACCCCCAAGGCAGCAUAUACCAGAAAAGCACACGAAAAAGAUAUCAACUCUCUGGAUGUGAACUACACAGCAACGUUAUUUGCCUCGGCUUCGCAAGAUCGAACUGUGAAGAUAUGGUCAGCAGAAGACGGAUCGGUUGUUGGUAUUCUUCGCGGCCACAAGCGAGGAGUUUGGUCUGUCCGAUUUUCGCCCCGUGAAAUGCCUAUUAUCAGCUCAAAUGCUGGCACGAGCACCAGCCGUGGCUUGAUUGCCACAGGUUCAGGUGAUAAGACUGUGAAAAUCUGGAACUUGGCCGACUUCGGUUGUCUUCUCACAUUUGAGGGUCAUACAAAUAGCGUCUUGAAAGUGAUUUGGCUGCCGCCUUCACAGUUGUCGUCUGAGACUGAUACGGAUGGGGAUGAAGCCAAGACCCAGACUCGUCCACUCCUUGCCUCCUCUGCUGCAGAUGGUUUGGUGAAGAUAUGGUCUCCUUAUAGCGGUGAAUCGGAAGCUACACUCGACAACCACACGGACAGAGUAUGGGCUCUGGCUUCUCCCACUCCUUCCGGAUCUCGAUCCGAUGUCAAGUCGCCGUCAACAUCGCCGUACUCUUUGAUCUCAGGUGCAGCUGAUUCCACCGUCACAUUCUGGACAGACACGACCUCCGCCACACUGACUGCAGCGGUAUCUGCCAACUCUGCUCGCAUAGAGCAAGACCAGCAAUUACAAAAUUAUAUCCGUACCGGCGCAUACAGGGAAGCCAUCACCCUCGCUCUGCAACUCAACCACCCCGCUCGCCUACUCUCACUAUUCACCGCCGCCAUUGACGAAGUUGAUGGCAAAAAGAGCGACAAAGACGGCGACAACGAUGCGGACUCCGCAUUGACCGGAAACAGCUCCGUGGAUCAAGUCCUCCAGUCCCUCGAUCAAGAUAAUCUAUACCUCUUACUCCUCCGCCUUCGAGACUGGAACACCAACGCCCGUACCGCUAAAGUCGCUCAACGUAUUCUCUACACUCUUGUCCGCUCAUACCCACCAUCAACAUUCAUUGAACUUGCCAACCGCCCGCCUCCAGCAGCGGCUACCCAGGGCAAACGAAGCCGGAAAGAUGUCGGCGGUUUGUCGUUGAAGGAGAUCUUCAACGUUCUUUCAUCGUACACUGAUCGACACUAUCGACGUGUUGAAGAGCUGGUUGAUGAGAGUUAUCUUGUUGAAUGGGUUUUGGAUGAAAUGGAGGGUGGUAUGGGAUUAGUGUCUGGUUCGUCCGCAGACAAGAAGGCCGAUGGCAUCUCUGGACAAGAGGAUGUUGUCAUGCUGGAAGUAUGA